UUAGGAUCUCCGCGGAAGUGCUAUUUAUCGGGACAGAUUGGUUUCUUACUGUUCACUGUUCUCUUAGGGCUGAUGUACUGGUCACCCACAGGCAGCGUAUUCCUUGGCUUAUGUUUAACGCUGGCCAUCAUCGGCGGCUUCUUUUCGACUGUGCUUCUUGUUGCGGCAUAUUCAGUCGUCACUUCAGAAUUUCCUAUGUACACGGGUCCUAUUAUCUCUACAAUGGAGUUCCUAUGGGGCGUAGGAAACAUGGUCGGGACUGGCCUUGGAGGUGUGCUCAUUGACGCCUGGGCGUACCCGCUGCCUUUCUUCGUAAUAGCGGCACUGUUCGGACUUUCACUGCCGUGGACGACAACCUCAAAAAAGCUGUCCGACGUACCUGUAAAAGAUGCUCAACAAUCCCCAAUCUCCGAAUCUCCAAAGAGGCCAGUGAUAUUGUACAAGUUGCUUAUUGACCCCGUCUUCGUAAUUGACAUGGUUACUGUGAUGAUAAGCUGGAUUAUCAUGGGAUUUAAUGAACCGACAUUGGAGCCACAUCUCGGACAGUUCGGCCUUGACACCGCGGAACUGGGUACCGUUUAUAUGGUUCAGUUUGCCAGCUACACAAUAUCGGCGCUUCUGGUGGGCAUCUUGUGUCAACUAAAGAUGGAUGCAUUUAUUGCCUUCGUGGGGCAAUUUCUUACAGUUUUCGUGUUUCUUUUACAAGGACCAGCGCCUUUCCUUCCAGUAACAGCUUCGGCCUCCAUGACCAGCAGUGCCAUCCAUAUGGCGCACGUGUUAUGGCAGCAGCAGCAGCAGCAGCAGCAGCAGCAGCAGCAGCAAUAG